AUGGACCCUUAUCUAAUUCAAAGAUUGCAACAAAGAAAAGAAUUAACAAGAAUAAGCUUCUGAGAUUUGAAAGAUGAAAGUUCAGAUUCAGAAGAAGACUCGGAACCAAGAAAAAAGUCAAAACCUAUUGAAAAUGCUGAGCCUCUCAAUAAUAUUAACGAAGUUCCUAUAGAAGAGCAGCUAGAAGAGCCAAAUGUUGUUGUAUGAGGGGUUGACAGAUCUAAAGAAAUUCGCCCAACAUUCAGGGAAGAAUGCAAACAAGUUGAUCCAAAUAUACUAGAAAAAUUAGGAUAUGUCAAUAGAAAUUGUCGUCCUCCAAGCUCAAAGAGAAAAGAAAUUUUGACCUCAGCUGAUGACAAAAAAGCUGGACAUUCAAUAUCUAUAGAAGAGAAAAAGCAAAAAGAAAAAAACAAAAUUCAAGAAAUUAAAAAUUUGCUCCAACAUAAAUUGAAAAAUAAUCCUUAA